AUGAUUUUUGCGAGAGUAUUCUUCCUUCUGGCAUUCCUCGUGUACAGCGUAUCUACCUUUGUGAAGCACAACCUUCCCGAUAGGAACUAUAUAUACACGAAGACAGACCGGUUCAGGAAAAAAAGGAAAAAAAUCAACUACAGGCUGCGUAAGAGCAAAGAUGAAGACAUCGAGAGUUGCAUUCCGCACAUAUACAAGGACAUCGCGCCCUCCCUGAAGGGUCUAGCGGAUGAGGAGUACUCAUACAAACAACUGCUACGUGCAUAUUUCCCCGAGACGGUCGAAAGAGAAAUAGAAAAAAAAAAGGAAAAGGAAUUGAAACAAAAGAAUGAAGAGAGGGGGACAUGUAAAAGUAAUUCGGAGAAGAAAGUUGUGAAGGAUGUUGAAAAGGACAUGGUAGAAAAGCUACGACAAAAUGACAUAAUAAAUUUUGAACAUAUAAGUAAAAUAAGUGAUCAAAAGAAAAAGAAUAAAAUUUUGGAUAUCGCAUAUGAUAGUAUUGAAGAUUCCCUGAGAGAUAUUUACGUCCGUAUGAAGGCAGGUGUGAACGACGAGGAAGAAGACAAAAAAGAUUACCUAGAAAUUGCAAAAAGGGAAAAGGACAUGUUGUACGAAAAGCUGAUAUGUGGUUAUUCCCCUCUUAAUAAUAGCAGCACGUUCGAUUUGUUCGGCGUUUUCUACGAUAGUAAGGACUAUGAGGACGGAAAGAAACUUUUGGCAGAGAUGAACAAAAUGUUAAAUUUGGAGCCGCUUAAAAGCAACAGGGGGAACAUACUUCAAACCGUUGACGCGCUUUUAAAGAAGAACGAACUGCCCCCGCAUAUAAGAAAUUUUUUGGUCAAGUAUAGGCACCUUGCUGAGAAGGCUUCCUUCGCACAGGAAGACAGGAGCCCCAUAGGUGUUCCUCCGGAAGGAGGAAAGGACGCGCUUCGAGGUGAUAACGCCCACGAUACGGAGAGGGAACAGCAUUGUGCGCAGGGGGGGGAAAGCAAGAAUGAGGAACAGCUCGAAUUGGGCGAUCCAAACAAGGCGGCUGAGGCGGACAAAGAAGCCGAGGCGGGAGAGGAACUAAGCAAGGAAGAAUACCUCAAGGACGUUAACAAAGUUAUUAUGACCUUGCACAACAAUUUGAAUGACGAAACAUUAAUGAGAAGGGAUCAAUAUUUUGUCGACGAGCUAUACGACGCUUAUAAAAAGUACCUACGGACUAUGCACGUAAAGCGAAACAAAUUGGAACCCCAGAAAAACAACUACGACUUUUUAACCUUUUUCCAUGAGCAUUACGAAGAGUACUUUUUUUUUAAGUAUGGAAAUUUCGACUACGAUUUUAAGGACAGGGUGCAGAAAGUUAAGAGCAAGAUGGAGAGUGAAAAAGGUUUCACUAAGGCUGAACACGCUACUCAGUUGAGCCAGCAUGUGGGAAGAGGACCCCCAGUGGAGAAUCACCUCAUCGGAGGAGAUAAACCAAGUGGUGUAGAUACGUGGGUUAAAACUGUGGUUGACGCUGCUCAGAGCAGGUACAAUGAAGAGAAAGGGACAAGGGUCGGAGGAGGGAAAGAUCCAAACGAGCAGUGUUCCAUCCUGAAAGGCAUAAAGGAAAAUAAAAAACUGAGAAAACAUAUACUUUUGGAUAUAAUUCAGAAUUACCAAAAAAGGAUGUACGAUAUUUAUAAACCAAAUAACGUAAUCACAAACGCAUACGGGUUUAAUAAUUAUAUAGACAAUGAACAAUAUGAAAAAGAAAUUAACGCUUCAUUUAACAAGUAUAGCAUAGUAAACUACGACAGUAAGGAUGACUUAAAGAAGGUGGAGAAAUUAUAUGUAGGGAAAUUAAUAUUUGGGAAAAUUUUUAAAAUCGAAAAAACGUAUGCAUAUGUUGAUAUAAAUUACGCAUUUUACGCGGAAUUACACCAAGAUCAAAUGCCCUAUAAUAUUAAGAACAUAAAAGAUGUCUUUAAAGUGAAUGACAAAUUGAUAUUUGAAAUAUAUAAAAUGUACCCAGAGAAAAUUUUACUGACUCUGAAAAAUAUACAAAAGGUUAAUGACCUUAAUAAGAUUUUACAUUACAAAACGCAGGACAUGCCCUUCGAUGUCAAAGUUGUAACAAUUUUAAAAAAUGGAAUAAGCGUUUCUUAUAAUGAUAUUUACGCAUUCAUCCACAUUUCUGCUUUGUCCAGUAAGUAUAAAACCAAAAUGGAAGAAAAUGAAAAAAUCCAGGAAUCGUUACUUAACCAAAAAAUUAAGGUCAUAUGUACAGAUAUGAGCAAAUUAAAUUUCUCCAAUCUAAUAUAUGAGCAAAAUGAGCAACUAAAAAAAUUGAAUAUUUACGAUAUUGUCCAUGUAGAAAUUAUACACAUUUCGAAAUACGGCCUGAUGGUAAAAUGCGACGAUAUAGUUGGACUGAUACACAUAUCCGAGAUUUCCAAAAAAAAAAUUGACGACUUGAAUGAGGUUUUCAAAAUAGGGGACCAAUUAAAAGGCAUCUUAAUAAACAUAGACUAUGACAACAAAAGAUUUUCCUUGUCGACCAAAAUUUUGGAAACGGAGGGCCAAAAUUUUAUUGACAACAGGGCCCAGAUAUAUGACAAUAUGGAAUACAUUUUGGACGACAUUAAGAAGAGGAACACCUCCUUGCGAAUUAACGACUCCAAUAUUAAGAACCAGUUGCUUUCCCUCAUUGAUAUUUACAAAACGGAGGAGGGCGACUCGAAGCGCGAUGUCCAGGCUGGCACCGCCCCCGCUGCCCGUGAGGAUGCCAACUGGGGUGAAAUGGAUCGGGGUGAAAUGGAUCGGGGUGAAAUGGAUCGGAGUGAAAUAGACCAGGGCGAAAUAGACCGGGGUAGAAAAGACCGAAGCGAAACCCAUCGCAGCGAAGCGGUUACCAAAGAGGUGAAUGACCCUGGACAUGGUACAGAGAAACCUGCCGCAGAAAAGGGGGACCCGGACCAAGCGACCGCAUCCCCUGCCAUGGAUCUACGCGCAGAAAGAGAUCAACUAAAACGUGCAGACAGGGAUAACAUAGAAACGGAAACAGAGCUCUUUAGUGACGACCCCGAUGAAGCGGAAGAGAAGGGAAAGGAACUUACCAUCGACAUAAACAACCAGUUACUUCCCUACCUGAUGUUGAAGCAGGAUGAGAUCGCCAAGGCGGAGGAGGAAAGUGCCUUGGAAAAACCCAGAGAGAUAAUUUGGAACCUGGAGGAUGAAGAAUUUCUCAACUCCAACUCCCCAACGGAAAGUACCCAAUUUUUCGAAUAUCAGUGGUCCUACUUUAAGGACAAGAAAUGGGUCAACUUCCCCUAUUACGUGAACAGAAUUAUGAAUUACUAUUUUAACAUUAACGAUGACUUCUUUACGUACAAGGAGAAGAACGUGGUGUACGAAAUCGAUUUUGUGAAAAGUGUAAGAAUCGAUUUGGCCACAGGGCUUCAAAACAGGAUUAGAAAAAUCACCAAGUAG